AUGGACUCAGAUUCUACAGAAAUGGUGAAAGAGAUCAAAAACAAAGUAAUAUUACAUUGGAAUUGUCGAGGUCUUAUGGAAUUUCCUGAAGCGAUAAGGAUUUAUGGGGGCCAUAUUCAAGAAAUAUAUUUGAAAUGGAAUAAACUCACUACCUUACCUCCGUGGAUUAUAGAACUCUUUAAUGUCACUAAUUUAUAUAUCUAUGGGAACUUAAUUAAAGAAGUACCUCUAGAACUUUGUCAAAUGAAUCAACUGACAGUUCUUGAUUUGAGUGCUAACAAGUUAGAGCAAAUACCUCCUUACAUAGGGAACUUAAUUAGUCUAAAAUCCUUGCUGAGGUAUUUACCAUUAAAUGGAUUUGUAUCAUCUCCUUGCAUUAGAUUUGAUGCAAAUGUAUGUUUGAAUUAUUUAUCUUAUCCACUUGUUCAUCAGUUGACAGCUCAUAUUCAAGAUUCAUUUGUCCAAAGUCAAAGAAAUGUUUUGGGCUAUGGAUGUUUUACAACUCAUUGUGAAAACAAUACAUUACGUACAAAUAUAAAAUUAAAAAUAAAAAUAAAUGCAUUGCAUGAAAAGGAUACUGAUUUCACGAUUGAUUUACCACGUCAGCUUUUGAAAGUUCAUAAUAUACAUGAAAAUAAAGUUAUUUCUUUAUGGGAGUUAGCUUUGAGAAAGAUUUAUACUGAAAGGUAUAAACAUACACUUAAUAUUUCUGUAUCACCUAUAAGUAUAAAUGUUCAAUAUGAACCAAUUACAAUAAGAAAUUAUCAGAAACUUGAUUUUAACGUUUCAUGUUUGCUAAUGAAUGGCCCAAUUAGUAUUUGUGUGAACUUUCAAUGCCAACAACCAAUUUUUACAGAAGCUUGGAUAAUUGUAGGCAUUAGUCAUUAUACAGAGUCUAUAACAACAGUUGCAUUGUGUUGUUGUAAAAGUAUACUUUAGUAAUUGCAGACUUCAGAUCUGACUUUGGCCAAAAGUAUGAAGAACAUCUUAUCCAACAAUAUAGUGUUGGAGCUACAAAAAACCCACCAUAUAAACUAAAUCUUAAUGCUUGCAUAUAA